CAGAGAUUCUGGGACUUGUAGUUCUCUACAUAAUCACCGGAAGUAGUUGAAGGCUAGUGCGCCAGAGAGGUCACAUUGUCUGUGUUUUGCAAUGUUUUGAACGACUCUGCCGCAAUGGAAGCCGUCAACAAAGGGGAGAUGCACCUGAGACAUGUGGAGACUGACGUCCUCAUCCCCAAACUGAUGAGGGAGAAGGCGAAGGAGAUCUGCGCCGACAGAGUUCAAGCUUUCAACCACUGCUGCAAAGAGACAGGUUUCUUGAUGGUGGUGAAGUGCCGAGAGGAGAACACCGCCUUGAAGGACUGUCUGACACAACACUACAAGGACCCGGCCUUUUAUGAGAUAUGUAAGCAGGAAUACAUCCAGGAAAGAACAGAGUUUGAGAGGACGGGGAUCCCUGCUAAGAACAGGAAACAAAAACUCCCAACCAGUAUGUAAAUACCUCAGUUUUGUUGCAGUGUUUCUGUUUGAGGGCUGACAUAUGUCACAGGAACCCACGUAGGCAAGAAUUGUAUUUCAUCAAACAAACAAUGCAUGUCUACAUCAUCUUUGCAAAACAUUGACCUACAAUUGUUGGAGAUAAAAACAUUGGACUAAAUAUCAAUUAUGUGUUUUAAAACAAAAAAAGACACAGACAAGUAUACUGAUCAUGUUUCAUGUCAUUAAAAGUGUGUAAAUAUUCA